AUGCAGCGUGACACCAUCCGGAAAAUCGACAAACCUGAUAUCGAUCUGUCAAGCCCGCUGAUCUGCCAUCGAGAUUCUCCUGCUCUGGGCGAGCAGCGAAUACCAGCCACAUCCAAGAUGCUCGUUAGCAAACGUGCGGCCAGUCGGGAAUACCAGAGGCUGGGUAGCUGGACUUCAGCACGUGGUCUGGCUUCAGCCCUCAUCGACUCGGAGCUGCUGUCGCCCGGCUGCGAUUCGCCGGUUCAAGAGGAUGGUGUUCUGUUCAAAACAGUUCUUUUUCCCGAAGACGACACGCCGGUGUACAUCCCGGCCGCGAACCCAGACGUGUUCCUCGCCGAACGUAUCGCGCAUUUCCUUUGCAAGGCUUUCUCUAUUGGCGCAGAUGGGCUUUACAAAGAUUUUGUAGUCGUGUGCUCCUCCGGACAACCUGCAGCUCCCGUAGCAUUCUGGGGUAUCAUAGUUGCUGGGGGCGUUCUCCGCGCGGCGUCGCACAGUCUAACGCCCGAGGAGCUGGCAAGGCAGAUGAAGCAAGGGAAGAUGGAGACAAUGCUGACAGCUGUACAGGAUCCAGUGACAGCCAUGCCACGCGGCAGCUCUGCCGCCACGGAUUCCAUAUCUCCCGUCAUGCCGAACAUGGAACCGCGUAUCGUAGACUACUGCGACAUUAAGCCUGGACAGCCUGGUAAAACCAUGGUUCGCGGCCCCUUCGUGACGAACGGCUGGGAUGGUCAUCCUGAAGCGACACAAUCUACAUUUCGCAAUGGAUCGUUCCUCACUGGUGACAUGGCCAUCGAGACCAGGGGCAAGCUCUCUACAUUGUCGAUAGGAAGAAGGAACUGA